AUGCCACACGAGCUAUAUCCUCAUCAUAAGCGUCUUUCACCGAGUCACCAGGAGCCUUCGUCAUUGUGUCCGUCUGAGUGUGACAUUAAAGCGAGAGUUCUGCCUGACUGCAUCGCAGAGGCGCCCAGCUUGCAUCUCGGAGCGGGUAAAAAGCGGGCGGCCGCAGAAGGGGCCUGCGGGGCGCCAGUCAACAAGAGGAAAUCGCUUCUGAUGAAGCCCCGCCACUACAGUCCCAGUCCCUGCCCCAGCGAGGGGGACGGCGAGGAAGACCUGGCAAGCGCUCAGGACAAAGACGUGCCCAGGAACACUGACACUCCAGCAGAUGAGGACCUCAAUGGUGGUGAUGUUCUGGAAGACACUAUCUAUCACAACGCAAAGUCUCACCACUUGUUGUCAUGGUCAGAACGAACGAGUGAAGGUUCGCCAGACCUGGCGGCUCAGAUAUCCGAACACCAGAAUGAGCAAGAGGAGGAGGAGGAACACAGCCAGGACUUUGAAGACAAAAACCAAGAAGAGAUCAGAGCCAGUUAUCACCUGUCUCCAGACACAGAGGCAGAUGAAGAAGAAUGGAGCGCUCCUCCGUCCCUAACGAAGGUCAACGGGAUCCAUCACAGCCCCAGUCCACCUGCAGACGAUGCUCUUAUGAAGAGACUCCGGAUUGGACAGCAGCUGCACGAAGACGCUCUUUCUGCUUACAUGAACAGAAACAGUGCAGGGACCUUUAUGGAGGAGUAUGGCUCUGCAAGAGAGUUCAGCGACAGUGAGGAGGAGCUCCAGACGCCCAGGAUGGAGGAGCGAGGAGAUGUUUGGGGUCCAGGUCUGGUGGCCAGACGUCUGGAGCUGGACAGGGCCCGACUGAACCUCAGUCUUCUAGAGCAGGCCAUGGUGCUGCAGUCUGAACAUAGACAGGUCCUCCACAGUGCCUACAAAGACAUGGACCGCUUCCUCCUGGAGCAGAUGAACCACGAACGGAGACAGCAGAGGAUGCUGGAGAUAGACGCUCGAGCCAUGUACCACAGCAGCAAAGAUUCCCUUCAGACAGAAAAGAAAGACAUCAAAUGUCCGACCCCGGGCUGUGAUGGGACGGGUCAUGUGACAGGCCUCUACCCUCAUCACCGGAGUCUAUCAGGAUGUCCCCACAAAGUCAGAGUGCCCCCAGAGAUCCUCGCCAUGCACGAAAACGUCCUCAAGUGUCCGACCCCUGGCUGUACAGGAAGAGGUCAUGUCAACAGUAACCGUAGCACGCAUAGAAGUCUCUCAGGCUGCCCGAUAGCUGCUGCAGAGAAGAUCUCCAAACCGCAGGAGGAUCCCGCAAAUUGCAGACAGACGGCAGAGAGGAUGACGAGACCUUUAGGAAACAUGAAGAAAUUUGACUUCACGUACAGAUUUGCACAUCCUAUGGCAGCGUUGCAGGCCAGCAUGGCCAAAGACAUGGACAAGUACACUAAAGGCCAUUUUGACUACGCCAGUUUUGACGCCCAGGUCUUUGGCAAGCAGGCUCAGAUGGCAUCCGACCAGAGUCACGAAUCUUCACACUUUCCUGACUCCGCUCAGUUCCCCUGUUUUCUGGCUUCUGGUGGUCGUAUGAUCAUGACCGGAGACAACAGCCCCAGUCGCCAUAAAGCCCAAAGCAACGCCCUCCAGUCCAACAUCGCAUCCGCAGCCAUCCUCAACCUCUCCACCCGUUGCCGAGACAACGGCGAGGCCCUGCCCCCCAGCCGGCCCCUGGCAUCAUCCACAAAGGACUCGCUGAUAGAGGUGGACGAGAAUGGAACGCUGGAUUUAAGUAUGAAGAAAAAGAGAGAAAAGGCGAGGGACUGUCCCGUGAUGCCGGCGUUAGGAGACGGUCUUUUUAUCCCACCUGAACCUUCUCUAGCCAAAGCGGCGGGUCUCCAGAUCUCGCCGGCCAUCUACCACGUCCUCUAUGAACAGGACGCCUGGGACACGCCGCUGAACUACAGCAAAACACCUGCGCAGCAAGACAAAGAGAUGGAUCAGCUGGAGAAGGCGUCUCUCGAGGAUAAAGCAUACAAUGGAGAUGCAAACAUGGCAAAAAACAAGAUGCUCAUAAGAGACAACAAGAAAGAGCUGAUGAGUUGUCCGACACCAGGUUGUGAUGGUAGUGGUCAUGUGACAGGAAAUUAUGCAUCACAUAGAAGUGUAUCUGGUUGCCCGUUGGCUGACAAGACCCUGAAAUCACUAAUGGCUGCUAAUUCGCAAGAGCUCAGGUAAGAAUCAGCUAAAGUCGAGGGGUCGGGUCACAUCUGUGAUGCAUAUAAUCUUCAGUGAAAUCAGAGUGCAUUGUUUUGUUGUUAAUACGAUCGUAAGUAUAUAUUUCCCUUCUCGUGCACCAGGUGCCCGGUGGCAGGCUGUGACGGUCAGGGCCACGUGUCGGGUAAAUACACGUCUCAUCGCAGCGCAGGAAGUUGCCCCAUCGCCACCAAGCUGCAGAAGGAGAGCUCUGUGAACGGAUCUGCCUUCUCCUGGAAGCUCUGUAAACAGGAGCUUCCGCACUGCCCUCUGCCCGGCUGCAACGGCUUGGGUCACGCCAACAACGUCUUUAUCACACACAGGAGUUUGUCAGGAUGUCCACUAAACGCCCAGAGUAUCAAGAAGAAACUCUCCGAUGAGGAGAUGAUGACCAUCAAACUCAAAACCAGCAGCGGUAUCGAAAACAGUGAAGACAUGCAGCACUUGGAUCACGAAAUAAAGGAGCUAAAUGAAUCCAAUCUGAAGAUAGAAGCAGACAUGAUGCAGCUCCAGACUCAGAUUUCAUCUAUGGAGUGCAACCUGAAGACUAUCGAGGAGGAGAAUAAAAUAAUCGAGCAGCACAACGACAGUCUGUUGAAGGAGUUAGCGCAUCUCAGUCAAGCACUUAUCAACAGUCUCACAGAUAUCCAGCUGCCGCAGAUGGGUCCAAUAAACGAACAGAACUUCGAAGCCUACGUGAACACGUUGACGGAUAUGUACAACAAUUCAGAGCAGGAGUAUUCACCCGAAUGCAAAGCCUUACUGGACAGCAUCAGACAGGCCAUCAAGGGCAUUCACGUAUAAGGCCAAACUCUCGUUCACAACCCUUUGAUUGUCUGCAGAGGGCUGGCUUUGUCAUCUGUGCAAGAUAUGUCUCGUUUAA